AUGGCGGCAGCUCUAGCGCAGAGGCCAGGCUCAUCGGCAAUCUUUCGAGAAACAAUGAAUACUGGUAAUGACGGAAAAGAAAAACUUUGUCUUCAGGUAUAUGAAGAUUUGGAGACGGAGAAAGGCAGUCUAUCGCCUUCUAGUACCACAAAGCCUAAACCUAGGAAAUAUGACAUUGAAACAUUGUUGAAUAUCGGGAAGCAGCUGGGGAAAACGGAUGGCCCAAAACGGCUGAAUGUCAGCAGCCUCUAUGGCAGCGGACGGAGAUCACUGGGUUCUGGCUCCUAUGUAUUGAGAGAAAAAUCAAUCAAUCAUACUCGGACAUCAACUAACAUGUCAAUGGACUCGGAGGCAAGCUAUCACACAUCCCAGUCAACAUUUGUCCAAUUUCCAACUCGUCAGCCAAAGAAUGCACCUGAGGGAAACACAGCUCAGACAAACGAAGGGUUCGCUCGAUUUUUAAAGGAGCAUGCUUCACCAAAACAUCACAGAGUUACAGCUGGUGGCCGCAUAGUUCCAAUGACCAUACGUACUAGUCCCACAUCAGAGUCCACACUGGUUGCGAAAGCGGAAGAGCCAGCAAAUCGACAAAACAUGGAUCCCUCUCACUCCAUUAAAUCCACCAAGGAAGACGAGCCGAAGCCCGACAGUGGGACCCUGAGACGAUACCGCACUCGAACGAUAGCAGAUGGCAAUGGUCGAUCGGAAACCGGUAGACGGCGGGAUUCCGUUAUCAGUCAAAUUAGUAAGGAAACAAACACGGCAGGGACUGCUCAAUAUCGGACACCUGUAAUAAGUGCAUCUGUUACCGCUAACCCCACGACACCCGGUCAGGCAGGCGGCCUGAACUUCAUUCCGAACUUAGGGAAUCAAGGGAUGGAUGGGAUAUCGAUAUCACAAGGCCAGGCAGAUCAAACUGGGUUUCCAUUCCCCAAUCUUCAACAGUACUACUCUCAAUCUGGCAUUUCCGUGCCUGCUUCAGACCAAGCUCAGGGAGCCUCCCAGGCUCAGUUUAUGAGCCCAGUGUGUAACAUUGGGCCAUAUCCGACACCGCCAGGACUGGGGAUGUUAAAUCUAGCGCAGUUGUAUCAGCUUCAAGGCGCCAUUAACCCUUAUGUUGGUCCUAUGACCCCAGGGGUAAAUAUAGCACAGACCAUAGCUCCAGCCACUGAUACUCGCAGUCUGAGCAAUAUGUUUGAGAACGCUAUCCAGGAAUUUGAAACAGUCUCCACGCAAUUAUCGAACUUGGAUCGUUACAUGGCCGUGCACACUUGGGAUAUUGAUCCAGCCAGCAAGAAAAUCCUCGUUAUCCAACGAAUGGAGCUGGUCACGAAGCUGGACGCAGCCAGGGUUCUCAAAGAGAAUCUAGAGACAAUACUCCGAUCCGGUGCUAGCAAUGAGCUAGCAAUGACGGCGAAAGCCCAUUCGAAAUUCCCAAAUGCAGGUACCCACGAUUUCCUCGCCGCUGCACCAUGUACUCCAAAUAUAAAUUCUCAAGGUGGAUAUUACCAACCUGGGUUAUCCAACACUGGCGGAAGUUCAUUCAGCAUGAGCGACGCGCACGGCUUCAUGUCUCCUAUUCAAACAAACGAAUCUCCAUAUCUGUCUCCAGAACCAUACUGCGAUAAUGGAUACCUGUCAAAUCUACCAGUAACUGGAGGCUCGAAUAAUUGGACGACACCAGGAUUGAAUCCCAUGAGCAUCUUUGAGAAACUCGCUGACGAUGACGAUGACGAUGACAUGAGAAUCAUAACCUCACCAACCGGACAGAUGGUAGCUGAACCAAUCAACACGUGUGUGCCUCCCGAGCUGAGAGCCAUUUACCAAAAAAUUGAGUUGGCUGCGAAGCGUAACGAACCCUUGGGGCUUCUUUUCCAGGAAUUAGCCAAGGUUACAGCACACAUCACCCGCAUAGGGGCAAACAGAGGCCGCAAGCCCGAUUUGGUUGGUUCUAGAGUUGAGGUGCCUCGCGGACGGCCAAGCGCUCGACUCGAGAUUGUCGACCCCAAAUCAAGACAAGCGGCCGUCACGCAAACCCCUACACCUGCCCGAGGCCCCAGCGCCACUGAGUCUUUGAAGGAGCAGGCGCCUUUCAAGAAAUUGGGUAAGCUGCAGCAGAGCCCGCUCUCUUUCACACCCUGCGGGCAGCACUGUCGAAAACACGACUCUAGAAAAGUGGAGACAUUGGCAAUCGAACAAAAGGUCAACGCUCAUGGGUAUUUACCACCCUUCGAUGGAGGCGGGGACGUGGAAGGGAGCCAGGGCCCUGGCCGAGCCAGCCAGGCGGAACCAAACAAGAACGACAAAGCAGAGGAUGCAAAGUCAACCAAUACCGAGAAUGCAUGGGCGGACUUGCUUCGUAGCAGACCAAAUCCCAAUCCGAUGGACGUGCGCAGGUUCUUCAAACUUCUCCGGGAUGAGGACUCUGCAGCCCUUGACAAAUAUCGGAGAGAGAGUGAUCGACGGGCACUCGGCUGA